UCUUUCAGAGACAGAAGUGCAAAACACAACAAAAAAACUGAUAACUUAAGCCUUUCAAAAUAACUUUCUGGCUUAAAUAGACACAUAUUCAAUUUACUACCCUAUAACUUACCUCCAUGCAUUGUACAAACUCAUUCACCUAACAAAAUAAUGUUGGGCUAACCAAUUUUGCAUGUGAUCCAAAUUUAUGCAAGAAAUUGCUAGAUCUUAUCACGUGGUUGGUAGAAAUAUUGCUUAUUGGACACUGGGGCUUUCUUUAUAUUUCUUGGACAAGAUUUCUGUAUGUAAUCAGCAACCUUAGAGAAAAUGUUGGGCAAGACCACUGUGAAUUUUUAGUCUUGCUAGCUCCUAAUAGUGGAGAAAACACAUAGAAGAUGGGGAGUAGAACAAAUGGACUCAGGAGAAGUACAUCAGCAGGCUACCGAUCUCCAGCUACCAGCCCUGGGAGGGUUUUAACGUCAUCUUCAUCUCCUUCACUGAACAGCAACCAGUCUGGAAAGACUCUUCUUGCCACCACACAGAGCUUGGGAAAACCAUCCAGCAAAAGCCAGGGAGAAGAGAAAGGUCCUUUGGAUCAGGUUCGACAAGACAAGGUUUGGAGAGAAUUUGUGGAGGCUGAAAGAAGGACAACCAAAUAUUGGUAUCAGAACUGGAGUUUUCUAAAGGAUUAUGAUCCAAUGGGCAGGAAAAAGGAGCCUGAACCACUCCCUGAAUAUGUGUCAGUAUUUUCAGACAAAAUUCCUAACACCACCAGCCAUAUGGUUGGCAGCAGAAUGAAUACUGAUCUUGGUAAAACAUUGGUUAAAAUGGAUUUCUUCCUCAGCUAUGGAAGAAGGAAAAAGAAACUUGAGCAGGAACUCCAGGCUUCCUAGAAUUAAAAAGCAACCUUUUUGUUUUGAAAAGAAUAUACUGCUCACUUUGCAAAUGAUAAAAUAUUGGCAAAAUUACAUUGUUUUCCUUCAAAUGCCAAAUUUAUUGACACUGGCCAAUAAAAGUACAAGGUUUCUAGUAAUUAAAAACUUACUCCAAACUUAGCUAACAUGAUCCUGGGAAGACGAUUAUGAGAGCCCGUCCACACAGUACCUUUAUCCCAGGAGCUUCCACAGCAAACAGGAGGGCGGCCAGAUGUGGUUCCCUGUAAACACCGAAGGAAUCACUACAAAAGGCAAAAAACGCGUGAUUUCCAGAUGCAGGAGUAUCGUGGUUUUGAGCCGAAUAUGCAGAUCUUCUCAUGUCUGUAUGUACCUGUAAUCGGAAUUUCCAGGAUUUU